UUUCUAAACAACACUACCAUAUCCUAUUAGGUAUUUCAUCAUGCCAAAGGUCACAUCAACAAGUCGAAGUAGGGCAUUAGGAAGGGAUAAAGAGAAUGAAGCUCCAACGAUGUCACACUAUUCCAGAAAGCAAAAGGGUGAGAAGGACGAAGAUGACGAAGAGGCGAUGCGAAACUUACCGUUAAAGUCAUUAAAACAUUCCGGUUCAUCUUCCUCUCGGGUUCAUCAUUCGAGCAGCGGAUUACAUGCGAAAGAACGUAAUGGAAGUUCAUCCAGUAAUAGUAGAGAUACAGAAAUGCAAAAGACCAGUAAAGAUUCACGCUAUCAUAAUGGCGGUGAGGGAAGCAAGGGAAAACGAUCAUACGAUCAGGCUGAAGAGAGAAAAGAACACCAUGAUGUACCGGAAGAUAAUGGUGAUCUUCAGGCUCAACUUGAUCAGUUACGCUCUCUACGGAUAACGGAACCUGAACGUCUUUUGGGAGAAUGGCGAAAGAUGGCAGAUCAAAAGAGUAAAAAGUCAGAAGAAUACAUUGCAGUCUUGAAGAAGCAUGUGGAAGCAUUAUCAAGUUCGCAAGGGAAAAGCGUGCCAACGAUUCCCUCUGCAAAUCAAAGAGAAGAUGAGAAUGUCACCACUCUACAGAAGGAGAUGGAAGAAAUGCGAAAGAGGGAAAAGGCACUCAAAGAAGAAAAUGCAAGACAGGCACGUCAACUUGAAAGUUUGCGAAUGCAAACAGGUACUUCCACUUCUUCUACUGCUUAUCGUCUGGGGACUGGUUCUUCACAAUUGGGUAUGGGCGAUGAACGUGCAGUGAGAAGGCUAUACGAAGAUUUGACGGGGUUGAUGAUCAACAAAGUUGAACAAGUUGAAGGUCAAGAGGAAUUUCGACGAUUUCAUGCAAUCUUUGCUUGUGCAGGUUAUCAUGAUCUUGAAAUCAAAUUGGAAGAAUCAACUUCAGAUUUACCUUCGAUCGUGCCUGGAACAACGAGCGGACCGCGAGAAGAUCUGAUUUAUACACCCACUUUGGAUCAAGACAGAGAUGCUGAAUUACUCCAAAGUGGUCGAUUACCCGAAUUCUUGAAAGAUUCAAUUCGAUUCGAACGUGCCACUUCGGUCAAAUUUAUGACAACAUUACACAAACGUCUAGAUCGUCACAGUAAAAGGUAAUCAUACUAAAGAAAAGCCAAAAAUAAAAUAAAUGAUGUACUA